AUGGACCUCCAAAGAGCUGCUAGUAUGAUAAGGGCUCUGCCCUACAUGUCCAAAACGAUUGUAGAUGAUACGCUAUACGAAAAAGUGCUUUCGUUUCUCAUAUCGGUCUUGUCGACGCAUUCCAUUCAGGCCAUAGUCGAGUUGAAUAAACAAUGUCAAAUAUUUCAACAAAUCAAAGAAGCGUGUUUGCUGGUAGAUGAGCAAGAUUAUCGUGUCACUACGCUUUGUCUUCGCUUUUUGGGCCAAUUGAUACACUAUGGAAAAGACGAAUUGUUUCAAGAAUUAGAGUCUGAUUAUACAGAUGUGUUGGCCAUGAUCACUGCUGGCAUCAAAUCGAACGAAGCUGCUCUACGCUGUGCUUGCAUUGAAACAUGUCGCCUGUUCUUACGGUGCGAUAGUGGGUACACGUGGCUGCUCAGCAAUGACAAGGCAACAUCCUUCAUCCCAUUUGCGCUAUUGGAUCAGAGUAGCUAUGUGGUAGCUGAAGCGUGCCACUUAUUUGCCGCCUUGCUGACACUUGAAUCAAAUGAAUUGCUUCAAUCAAUGGAUCCUUCAGAGUUGAUCCGCUCUAUUUUGCUUCAGUCUGCUCAGGGAGCAGGAGAUCAGAAACAAAUGCUCUCUGCCCUGGAUUUUUGCUGGGCUGUUGUGGCCGUUAGAGAUCAAAGAACGCUUCCUUACCUUCGAUCAAAGCAGCUGUUACAUUCCUUCAUGCCUUCCCUAUUAUCAUGCGAUCGGAUGAUCAGAGCAAGAACACUGGAGAUUACAAACGAGCUGUUUACGUGGGAUCCAGAUCCACUUCUCACGUUGAACCUAUCCAGCAGUGGAAGCAAUGUGCACCAAGCUUAUCUGGCCAUAUCUGAAUUGGCAUUGAGCAUGAUCAAAGAGUCGACUGCAUUAAACGACACGAUGACAGCAGUUUCGUUACUGGACGCAUCAUUUACCUUGCUUCAGCAUAGCUCAGACACUGAAACUUGUUCAUCUGACGCAGCGUACACUACACUACAUCAGCUUUUGCAUGUCUGCAUGGAUAGCGACACUCACAACCAACUAGCAAAUGUAAAGAAGUCAUUGAAAUCGGUUCGUAUGAAGAACAACCUACUGCAACUUGUGGUCCGCACCGUAAACAAGCUCUUGGAGAUGGAUGCGACUACUAUGAAUAAUCCCGGCUUCACUGAUUUUUUUGACGUCUUGAAACACGACAUGCUGUAUUCGGAUUCUCGCGUUUUGAAGGCCUGUUUAGAGUUACUCACGAGUGCCAUGUACAAAGAUCAGCAGCCAGCAAUAUUAGCGCAGUGCACUCACGCAUUAGUCAAAAUUAUGAUGAAUGAUGAUACUGCAUUGGAUUGCAAAAGCCUCUCUAUUGUAUUGGCAUCAUUUGACAACCUUUUAGGUCACAAAGACAUUGGUGCUCUUGUGACAGAAUCAGGCAACGGUUUAGCAGAGGCACUCGAGUUCAAGUUUCUUGAUACAGAAUGGGACAUUCGGGAUGCCACUGUCAAUUUCAUUGGACAGCUGUUCACCGAUAACCCAAUUAGGCUGACAAAGGUUCAAUUUGCAUUGACAUAUGAUUUACCCUUACUCGUAUUUGCUCGUAUCCAUGAUGCGGAACCAUAUGUGAGAGCUUCAGCUGUACAAGUCUUGCAGACGAUGAUGACUUGCAGAGAGGGAUGGGAUUACAUUCAGCAGCACAAAGUAUCCAGGGAUUUGGCUACAAAACUGCCUUGUUUGCUGUAUGAUACAGAAGCAUUUGUGAGAAGAGCUGCACUGGAUGCCAUCAGUUGCUUGGCUGAGAACAGAUCCUGUCAGGGGAUGCUGAUGGAAGUGGAGGAUUCAAAAAACCAAAAUUCACUCAAUCCCGACAUUAUACGCGACCUGGUGAAGGAUGAAGAUACGGAUGUGCGUAUCAGGGCAUGUAAACUGAUUGAAAGCCUAUGGCUACUUUAUAUCCAUGAGAAGCAGCAAAAUAAGAAGACUCGAGAGCACGAUCACCUAUUCACACAUUUAGGGGCAGGCGAAUUACUAGCAGAAGCUGCUGUGGACACCAAUAGAGUGGUUCGCAUAGAAGCUGUCCGAGUCAUUGAACGCAUCUUGUCUCAGUACUCUUCUUCCCCGUCGAGCACAGCGCAAAAGAGGUCCUUUGAUGACAAGGAUCAAAAAGACGAUGAUUUCAUACGAACGUUACAAACAGUAAAUCUAGCUCAGCAAAAACAAACAUUAGAUCCGGAACAUCUCUAUCAAGAAGCAUUUGAUAUCAAUGCAGACAUGAUGACUCAAUCCAUCAUCCCAACAAAUCCUGACGAUGAUAUCAAUAUGCUGGAUUGUUAUUAG